AUGUUUAAAGCAAAAAAAUUGAUUGAAGAAGGUGAUAGAGUGGUUGUCUACUUCAACCGUGAGAAGAUGGCACUCGUCACCAUCAAAACAGGUAGUACAUAUAACAGUAAAUUUGGAUCAUUCUUACAUAAACGUUUAAUUGGUUGUGAAUAUGGUGCAAAGGUAUGCUUAUCAUUAAGAGCUUAA